AUGGGGCUGUGGAGGUGGGGUGGAGGCUGGUGGGGCGGAGGCUGGUGGGGCUGUGGAGGUGGGGUGGAGGCUGGUGGGGCUGUGGAGGUGGGGCGGAGGCUGGUGGGGCGGAGGCUGAUGGGGCGGAGGCUGGUGGGGCUGUGGAGGUGGGGUGGAGGCUGGUGGGGCUGUGGAGGUGGGGUGGAGGCUGGUGGGGCGGAGGCUGGUGGGGCUGUGGAGGUGGGGCGGAGGCUGAUGGGGCGGAGGCUGAUGGGGCGGAGGCUGGUGGGGCGGAGGCUGAUGGGGCGGAGGCUGAUGGGGCGGAGGCUGGUGGGGCGGAGGCUGGUGGGGCUGUGGAGGUGGGGCGGAGGCUGGUGGGGCUGUGGAGGUGGGGUGGAGGCUGGUGGGGCUGUGGAGGUGGGGCGGAGGCUGGUGGGGCUGUGGAGGUGGGGCGGAGGCUGGUGGGGCUGUGGAGGUGGGGUGGAGGCUGAUGGGGCUGUGGAGGUGGGGUGGAGGCUGGUGGGGCUGUGGAGGUGGGGCGGAGGCUGGUGGGGCGGAGGCUGGUGGGGCUGUGGAGGUGGGGUGGAGGCUGGUGGGGCGGAGGCUGGUGGGGCUGUGGAGGUGGGGUGGAGGCUGGUGGGGUGGAGGCUGGUGGGGCUGUGGAGGUGGGGCGGAGGCUGGUGGGGUGGAGGCUGGUGGGGCGGAGGCUGGUGGGGCUGUGGAGGUGGGGUGGAGGCUGGUGGGGCUGUGGAGGUGGGGUGGAGGCUGGUGGGGCUGUGGAGGUGGGGUGGAGGCUGGUGGGGCUGUGGAGGUGGGGUGGAGGCUGGUGGGGCUGUGGAGGUGGGGCGGAGGCUGGUGGGGUGGAGGCUGGUGGGGCGGAGGCUGGUGGGGCUGUGGAGGUGGGGUGGAGGCUGGUGGGGCGGAGGCUGGUGGGGCUGUGGAGGUGGGGUGGAGGCUGGUGGGGCUGUGGAGGUGGGGCGGAGGCUGGUGGGGUGGAGGCUGGUGGGGUGGAGGCUGGUGGGGUGGAGGCUGGUGGGGCGGAGGCUGGUGGGGCUGUGGAGGUGGGGUGGAGGCUGGUGGGGCGGAGGCUGGUGGGGCUGUGGAGGUGGGGUGGAGGCUGGUGGGGUGGAGGCUGGUGGGGUGGAGGCUGGUGGGGUGGAGGCUGGUGGGGUGGAGGCUGGUGGGGCUGUGGAGGUGGGGUGGAGGCUGGUGGGGCUGUGGAGGUGGGGUGGAGGCUGGUGGGGUGGAGGCUGGUGGGGCUGUGGAGGUGGGGUGGAGGCUGGUGGGGCUGUGGAGGUGGGGCGGAGGCUGGUGGGGUGGAGGCUGGUGGGGUGGAGGCUGGUGGGGCGGAGGCUGGUGGGGCUGUGGAGGUGGGGUGGAGGCUGGUGGGGCGGAGGCUGGUGGGGCUGUGGAGGUGGGGUGGAGGCUGGUGGGGCUGUGGAGGUGGGGUGGAGGCUGGUGGGGCUGUGGAGGUGGGGUGGAGGCUGGUGGGGUGGAGGCUGGUGGGGCUGUGGAGGUGGGGCGGAGGCUGGUGGGGUGGAGGCUGGUGGGGUGGAGGCUGGUGGGGCGGAGGCUGGUGGGGCUGUGGAGUGGGGCUGUGGAGGUGGGGUGGAGGCUGGUGGGGCUGUGGAGGUGGGGUGGAGGCUGGUGGGGCUGUGGAGGUGGGGCGGAGGCUGGUGGGGUGGAGGCUGGUGGGGUGGAGGCUGGUGGGGUGGAGGCUGGUGGGGCGGAGGCUGGUGGGGCUGUGGAGGUGGGGUGGAGACUGGUGGGGCGGAGGCUGGUGGGGCUGUGGAGGUGGGGUGGAGGCUGGUGGGGUGGAGGCUGGUGGGGUGGAGGCUGGUGGGGUGGAGGCUGGUGGGGUGGAGGCUGGUGGGGCUGUGGAGGUGGGGUGGAGGCUGGUGGGGCUGUGGAGGUGGGGUGGAGGCUGGUGGGGCUGUGGAGGUGGGGCGGAGGCUGGUGGGGUGGAGGCUGGUGGGGUGGAGGCUGGUGGGGCGGAGGCUGGUGGGGCUGUGGAGGUGGGGUGGAGGCUGGUGGGGCGGAGGCUGGUGGGGCUGUGGAGGUGGGGUGGAGGCUGGUGGGGCUGUGGAGGUGGGGUGGAGGCUGGUGGGGCUGUGGAGGUGGGGUGGAGGCUGGUGGGGUGGAGGCUGGUGGGGCUGUGGAGGUGGGGCGGAGGCUGGUGGGGUGGAGGCUGGUGGGGUGGAGGCUGGUGGGGCGGAGGCUGGUGGGGCUGUGGAGGUGGGGUGGAGGCUGGUGGGGCUCUGUAGGUGGGGUGGAGGCUGGUGGGGCGGAGGCUGGUGGGGCUGUGGAGGUGGGGUGGAGGCUGGUGGGGCUGUGGAGGUGGGGUGGAGGCUGGUGGGGCUGUGGAGGUGGGGCGGAGGCUGGUGGGGUGGAGGCUGGUGGGGUGGAGGCUGGUGGGGCGGAGGCUGGUGGGGCUGUGGAGGUGGGGUGGAGGCUGGUGGGGCGGAGGCUGGUGGGGCUGUGGAGGUGGGGUGGAGGCUGGUGGGGUGGAGGCUGGUGGGGUGGAGGCUGGUGGGGCUGUGGAGGUGGGGUGGAGGCUGGUGGGGUGGAGGCUGGUGGGGCUGUGGAGGUGGGGUGGAGGCUGGUGGGGUGGAGGCUGGUGGGGCUGUGGAGGUGGGGUGGAGGCUGGUGGGGCUGUGGAGGUGGGGCGGAGGCUGGUGGGGUGGAGGCUGGUGGGGUGGAGGCUGGUGGGGCGGAGGCUGGUGGGGCUGUGGAGGUGGGGUGGAGGCUGGUGGGGCGGAGGCUGGUGGGGCUGUGGAGGUGGGGUGGAGGCUGGUGGGGCUGUGGAGGUGGGGUGGAGGCUGGUGGGGUGGAGGCUGGUGGGGCUGUGGAGGUGGGGCGGAGGCUGGUGGGGUGGAGGCUGGUGGGGUGGAGGCUGGUGGGGCGGAGGCUGGUGGGGCUGUGGAGGUGGGGUGGAGGCUGGUGGGGCGGAGGCUGGUGGGGCUGUGGAGGUGGGGUGGAGGCUGGUGGGGCUGUGGAGGUGGGGUGGAGGCUGAUGGGGCGGAGGCUGGUGGGGCGGAGGCUGGUGGGGCUGUGGAGGUGGGGUGGAGGCUGGUGGGGUGGAGGCUGGUGGGGCUGUGGAGGUGGGGUGGAGGCUGGUGGGGCUGUGGAGGUGGGGUGGAGGCUGGUGGGGUGGAGGCUGGUGGGGCUGUGGAGGUGGGGUGGAGGCUGGUGGGGUGGAGGCUGGUGGGGCUGUGGAGGUGGGGUGGAGGCUGGUGGGGCUGUGGAGGUGGGGUGGAGGCUGGUGGGGCUGUGGAGGUGGGGGUAGAGGCUGGUGGGGCUGUGGAGGUGGGGCGGAGGCUGGUGGGGCGGAGGCUGGUGGGGCGGAGGCUGGUGGGGCUGUGGAGGUGGGGUGGAGGCUGGUGGGGCGGAGGCUGGUGGGGCUGUGGAGGUGGGGUGGAGGCUGGUGGGGUGGAGGCUGGUGGGGCUGUGGAGGUGGGGCGGAGGCUGGUGGGGUGGAGGCUGGUGGGGCGGAGGCUGGUGGGGCUGUGGAGGUGGGGUGGAGGCUGGUGGGGCUGUGGAGGUGGGGCGGAGGCUGGUGGGGUGGAGGCUGGUGGGGCGGAGGCUGGUGGGGCUGUGGAGGUGGGGUGGAGGCUGGUGGGGCGGAGGCUGGUGGGGCUGUGGAGGUGGGGUGGAGGCUGGUGGGGCUGUGGAGGUGGGGCGGAGGCUGGUGGGGUGGAGGCUGGUGGGGUGGAGGCUGGUGGGGUGGAGGCUGGUGGGGCGGAGGCUGGUGGGGCUGUGGAGGUGGGGUGGAGGCUGGUGGGGCGGAGGCUGGUGGGGCUGUGGAGGUGGGGUGGAGGCUGGUGGGGUGGAGGCUGGUGGGGUGGAGGCUGGUGGGGCUGUGGAGGUGGGGUGGAGGCUGGUGGGGUGGAGGCUGGUGGGGCUGUGGAGGUGGGGUGGAGGCUGGUGGGGCUGUGGAGGUGGGGUGGAGGCUGGUGGGGCUGUGGAGGUGGGGCGGAGGCUGGUGGGGUGGAGGCUGGUGGGGUGGAGGCUGGUGGGGCGGAGGCUGGUGGGGCUGUGGAGGUGGGGCGGAGGCUGGUGGGGUGGAGGCUGGUGGGGUGGAGGCUGGUGGGGCUGUGGAGGUGGGGUGGAGGCUGGUGGGGUGGAGGCUGGUGGGGCUGUGGAGGUGGGGUGGAGGCUGGUGGGGUGGAGGCUGGUGGGGCGGAGGCUGGUGGGGUGGAGGCUGGUGGGGUGGAGGCUGGUGGGGCGGAGGCUGGUGGGGCUGUGGAGGUGGGGUGGAGGCUGGUGGGGCGGAGGCUGGUGGGGCUGUGGAGGUGGGGUGGAGGCUGGUGGGGUGGAGGCUGGUGGGGCUGUGGAGGUGGGGUGGAGGCUGGUGGGGCUGUGGAGGUGGGGUGGAGGCUGGUGGGGCUGUGGAGGUGGGGUGGAGGCUGGUGGGGCUGUGGAGGUGGGGCGGAGGCUGGUGGGGUGGAGGCUGGUGGGGUGGAGGCUGGUGGGGCGGAGGCUGGUGGGGCUGUGGAGGUGGGGCGGAGGCUGGUGGGGUGGAGGCUGGUGGGGUGGAGGCUGGUGGGGCGGAGGCUGGUGGGGCUGUGGAGGUGGGGCGGAGGCUGGUGGGGUGGAGGCUGGUGGGGCGGAGGCUGGUGGGGCUGUGGAGGUGGGGUGGAGGCUGGUGGGGUGGAGGCUGGUGGGGUGGAGGCUGGUGGGGCGGAGGCUGGUGGGGCUGUGGAGGUGGGGCGGAGGCUGGUGGGGUGGAGGCUGGUGGGGCGGAGGCUGGUGGGGCGGAGGCUGGUGGGGCUGUGGAGGUGGGGCGGAGGCUGGUGGGGUGGAGGCUGGUGGGGUGGAGGCUGGUGGGGCGGAGGCUGGUGGGGCUGUGGAGGUGGGGCGGAGGCUGGUGGGGUGGAGGCUGGUGGGGUGGAGGCUGGUGGGGCGGAGGCUGGUGGGGCUGUGGAGGUGGGGCGGAGGCUGGUGGGGUGGAGGCUGGUGGGGUGGAGGCUGGUGGGGCGGAGGCUGGUGGGGCUGUGGAGGUGGGGUGGAGGCUGGUGGGGCGGAGGCUGGUGGGGCUGUGGAGGUGGGGUGGAGGCUGGUGGGGUGGAGGCUGGUGGGGCGGAGGCUGGUGGGGCUGUGGAGGUGGGGUGGAGGCUGGUGGGGUGGAGGCUGGUGGGGUGGAGGCUGGUGGGGCUGUGGAGGUGGGGCUGUGGAGGUGGGGUGGAGGCUGGUGGGGCUGUGGAGGUGGGGUGGAGGCUGGUGGGGUGGAGGCUGGUGGGGCUGUGGAGGUGGGGUGGAGGCUGGUGGGGCUGUGGAGGUGGGGCUGUGGAGGUGGGGUGGAGGCUGGUGGGGCUGUGGAGGUGGGGUGGAGGCUGGUGGGGCUGUGGAGGUGGGGCUGUGGAGGUGGGGUGGAGGCUGGUGGGGCUGUGGAGGUGGGGUGGAGGCUGGUGGGGUGGAGGCUGGUGGGGCUGUGGAGGUGGGGUGGAGGCUGGUGGGGUGGAGGCUGGUGGGGCUGUGGAGGUGGGGUGGAGGCUGGUGGGGCUGUGGAGGUGGGGCGGAGGCUGGUGGGGUGGAGGCUGGUGGGGCGGAGGCUGGUGGGGCUGUGGAGGUGGGGUGGAGGCUGGUGGGGUGGAGGCUGGUGGGGCGGAGGCUGGUGGGGCUGUGGAGGUGGGGCUGUGGAGGUGGGGUGGAGGCUGGUGGGGUGGAGGCUGGUGGGGCUGUGGAGGUGGGGCUGUGGAGGUGGGGUGGAGGCUGGUGGGGUGGAGGCUGGUGGGGCUGUGGAGGUGGGGUGGAGGCUGGUGGGGCUGUGGAGGUGGGGUGGAGGCUGGUGGGGCUGUGGAGGUGGGGUGGAGGCUGGUGGGGCUGUGGAGGUGGGGUGGAGGCUGGUGGGGCUGUGGAGGUGGGGUGGAGGCUGGUGGGGUGGAGGCUGGUGGGGCUGUGGAGGUGGGGUGGAGGCUGGUGGGGUGGAGGCUGGUGGGGCUGUGGAGGUGGGGUGGAGGCUGGUGGGGCUGUGGAGGUGGGGCGGAGGCUGGUGGGGUGGAGGCUGGUGGGGCGGAGGCUGGUGGGGCUGUGGAGGUGGGGUGGAGGCUGGUGGGGUGGAGGCUGGUGGGGCGGAGGCUGGUGGGGCUGUGGAGGUGGGGCUGUGGAGGUGGGGUGGAGGCUGGUGGGGUGGAGGCUGGUGGGGCUGUGGAGGUGGGGCUGUGGAGGUGGGGUGGAGGCUGGUGGGGCUGUGGAGGUGGGGUGGAGGCUGGUGGGGCUGUGGAGGUGGGGUGGAGGCUGGUGGGGCUGUGGAGGUGGGGUGGAGGCUGGUGGGGUGGAGGCUGGUGGGGCUGUGGAGGUGGGGUGGAGGCUGGUGGGGUGGAGGCUGGUGGGGCUGUGGAGGUGGGGUGGAGGCUGGUGGGGCUGUGGAGGUGGGGUGGAGGCUGGUGGGGCUGUGGAGGUGGGGUGGAGGCUGGUGGGGCUGUGGAGGUGGGGUGGAGGCUGGUGGGGCUGUGGAGGUGGGGUGGAGGCUGGUGGGGUGGAGGCUGGUGGGGCUGUGGAGGUGGGGUGGAGGCUGGUGGGGCUGUGGAGGUGGGGUGGAGGCUGGUGGGGCUGUGGAGGUGGGGUGGAGGCUGGUGGGGCUGUGGAGGUGGGGUGGAGGCUGGUGGGGUGGAGGCUGGUGGGGCUGUGGAGGUGGGGUGGAGGCUGGUGGGGUGGAGGCUGGUGGGGCUGUGGAGGUGGGGUGGAGGCUGGUGGGGCUGUGGAGGUGGGGUGGAGGCUGGUGGGGCUGUGGAGGUGGGGUGGAGGCUGGUGGGGCUGUGGAGGUGGGGUGGAGGCUGGUGGGGCUGUGGAGGUGGGGUGGAGGCUGGUGGGGCUGUGGAGGUGUGGUGGAGGCUGGUGGGGCUGUGGAGGUGGGGUGGAGGCUGGUGGGGCUGUGGAGGUGGGGUGGAGGCUGGUGGGGCUGUGGGGGGGGUGGGGCUGGUGGGGUGUGGGGUGGGGUGGAGGCUGGUGGGGCUGUGGAGGUGGGGCUGUGGAGGUGGGGUGGAGGCUGGUGGGGUGGGGCUGGUGGGCUGUGGAGGUGGGGUGGAGGUGGGGUGGAGGCUGGGGGGUGGAGGGGUGGGCUGUGAGGUGGGGUGGAGGCUGGUGGGGCUGUGGAGGUGGGGUGGAGGCUGGUGGGGUGGAGGCUGGUGGGGCUGUGGAGGUGGGGUGGGCUGGUGGGGUGGAGGCUGGUGGGGCUGUGGAGGUGGGGUGGAGGCUGGUGGGGCUGUGGAGGUGGGGUGGAGGCUGGUGGGGCUGUGGAGGUGGGGUGGAGGCUGGUGGGGCUGUGGAGGUGGGGUGGAGGCUGGUGGGGCUGUGGAGGUGGGGUGGAGGCUGGUGGGGUGGAGGCUGGUGGGGCUGUGGAGGUGGGGUGGAGGCUGGUGGGGUGGAGGCUGGUGGGGCUGUGGAGGUGGGGUGGAGGCUGGUGGGGCUGUGGAGGUGGGGUGGAGGCUGGUGGGGCUGUGGAGGUGGGGCGGAGGCUGGUGGGGUGGAGGCUGGUGGGGUGGAGGCUGGUGGGGUGGAGGCUGGUGGGGCGGAGGCUGGUGGGGCUGUGGAGGUGGGGUGGAGGCUGGUGGGGCUGUGGAGGUGGGGUGGAGGCUGGUGGGGCUGUGGAGGUGGGGUGGAGGCUGGUGGGGUGGAGGCUGGUGGGGCUGUGGAGGUGGGGUGGAGGCUGGUGGGGUGGAGGCUGGUGGGGCUGUGGAGGUGGGGUGGAGGCUGGUGGGGUGGAGGCUGGUGGGGCUGUGGAGGUGGGGUGGAGGCUGGUGGGGCUGUGGAGGUGGGGUGGAGGCUGGUGGGGCUGUGGAGGUGGGGCGGAGGCUGGUGGGGUGGAGGCUGGUGGGGCUGUGGAGGUGGGGUGGAGGCUGGUGGGGCGGAGGCUGGUGGGGCUGUGGAGGUGGGGUGGAGGCUGGUGGGGUGGAGGCUGGUGGGGCUGUGGAGGUGGGGCGGAGGCUGGUGGGGCUGUGGAGGUGGGGUGGAGGCUGGUGGGGCUGUGGAGGUGGGGUGGAGGCUGGUGGGGCUGUGGAGGUGGGGUGGAGGCUGGUGGGGCUGUGGAGGUGGGGUGGAGGCUGGUGGGGUGGAGGCUGGUGGGGCUGUGGAGGUGGGGUGGAGGCUGGUGGGGCUGUGGAGGUGGGGUGGAGGCUGGUGGGGCUGUGGAGGUGGGGUGGAGGCUGGUGGGGCUGCUGUGGAGGUGGGGUGGAGGCUGGUGGGGUGGAGGCUGGUGGGGCUGUGGAGGUGGGGUGGAGGCUGGUGGGGCUGUGGAGCCUCUGUGAUGGUCCGGUGGUUUACCAGAGGACCCUCUCUGCUCUGGUGUUACCCACAGAUGAGGGCUGUGAUGGGAUUUCACAGCGACCCAGACCGAGCCCAGACCGAGCCCAGACCGAGCCCAGACCGAGCCCAGACCGAGCCCAGACCGAGCCCAGACCGAGCCCAGACCGAGCCCAGACCGAGCCCAGACCGAGCCCAGACCGAGCCCAGACCGGAAAAUAA